AUGAACCUCAGAAUUUUUGAAGAACGCGCAACUAGAUCAAAGUCUCCCAAACGGUACAGUUUGAACAGGAAAAUCAAGUGGAAAGAAAGAGAGACUGGCAAUUUGAUUUUGUUUUCUACAGGUUUAAGUUCUCCAGUCACAGAGAUGAAGACGCCUGGACUAAUUUAUACGCCCAGUGACAUUACAUUACAAAACUCUGUUCCAGUUUCUCUGCAGUCGGGCGUAAACACAAGCCCCAUAGUGCCUUGCAGCUCUACUGACUUUAGAAUCAUUGCCAGGCCGGUCAAAAGGAAACCUCAAAACCAAUUUUACGGUCAAGCAGUAGAUCCAAGUUGUAACGCUAGCCAUACUCAGCAUUAUGGAAAUUUUCAAGGCAUGCAGGGUAUGCAGACUGCCAAUCUUUUACACAAUGGAACUGGCGUAAUAAACACGACUUAUUCAUCUAUGCAAUGGAACAGUCUUCAAGAAAGCUCUUUCGCGCAGACUUACAUGACGCCGAUUCAAUGUACAGGGUUCCCGCUCAAUCCAAUCAGUAGACAAAGAAACGGCGAGGCUUACAACGCAUUUACGGCUUACGGGAAUCCAUUUGGAGUUUUCUGGGGUCGACAGAAUUAGUUUCAGCACUAGAGGCUCUAAAGAAAGAACUGACUUCUUAAACAGAUGCCUGACCUACUGGAAAGCCUGCUAAAACACAUUCUCCUAACUUUACUAGCCAGGUUCCAAAAGUGGCCGUGUUAUUUUGGGCUCCCUGGAUACGUCCAUAAUUCUCAUAGGUUUACUAACAUUUAAAAGUAAGCCCUAC